ACCACAACAACCACCGCCUCCACACGGGUUGGCACUCUAUCUGUGCUAUCGGAUUAUGAAUUGCAUCACUCAGGCGAGGCGACUCCUUCCUCAUCACUAGAAUCAACGUCCAACACGACACAGCCCGCACAGCCUGCCAACUGGCCCACCGACCAUCGCCGAGUACCUGCUUACCGUCCGGCCAACCGCGAGUUGAACCUGAGUGAGCGACAGGCGGGCGCGAACAGAGCCGAAUUUGUGUUCAUCCAGACCAUGCUACACGGUGUUUGGUUGAACGCGGUCGUGUCACGAGUCUGGCAUGCAACGGGGGGCAAGAUCAACGACAAGAUCUUUCACUACGAGAUUGGAGGAGAGUGGUAG